CUGGAAAGUGAACUAGCACUGAUAAUUCUGGGAACUAAUGGAAAAUAAACUUUUCCUCACUUAACAUAAUUAUUGAAUUAAAUUCGAAAAUUUUAUUUACUGACUGAGUGCGAAAAACCUCUUUUUCUCAACUGAGGCUGAUUAUAGUAAUCAGCAUUCACAUGAGUGAUCCUAAAUAUCAAGCUAGUAAAAUUAUCCGCUGGGACUUUCAUCACACUUUUGAAUGACAUAGAAUGUUUCAUUCUUUUGAAUGAAACGAAUUUAAGGGGUGCAGUUUAUUUCUACAUAUCUAUAUUGAAGAUUAUUUACGUUUCUGGCCUUUCCUCUUGCCUUUCCAAAAACUUUUCCACUGAGAAUGAAUACAUACAAUGUUCACUCUUUGCUGUAUCGGAUGGAAUGAGUUAUGGUUGGACUGCUCCCGUAAUACCCUACUUGAUUGGCCAAAAAAGUCACAUAGUAACUACAAAAUAUGAAGCUGAAUGGUUGGAAUCAUGUUUGAUGAUUGGUUCGUUCAUGGGGCUACCGUUUACCAUCUAUUUUGUAGAUAAAAUCGGAAGAAAAAAGUCUCUCCUUGUAGCGGCUUUGAUUUCUUUACUUUCCUGGUUGAUGAUUCUCCUCGCCAAUAAAAUGUGGCAUAUGUUCAUUGCAAGAUUUUUGUUCGGAGUAACGGCUAAUACAUCAUUUGUGGCAGCUCCUAUAUACAUAGCAGAAAUUGCUGACCAUAAUAUCCGAGGUUUCUUGUCCAGUGUUAUAUAUUUGAGCAUGCUUGUAGGACUUUUGUUGGUUUAUAGCAUAGGACCAUUUUGUUCAUUUUAUAUACCACCAGCUAUUGGAAUAACUGUUUUAGCUAUAGAACUUAUCACAUUUCCAUUCGUACCUGAAUCUCCAUACUAUUUGCUUUUCAAAGGUGAUAAAGAAAAUGGUCAAAAAUCUUUACAUUUCUUCAGACCAAAUAAAGACAUCACUAAUGAACUUGAAGAUAUCACUAAAGCUGUCGAAAGACAAAAAAAUGAAACUGCGAGGAUUCAAGACUUGAUUUUAGUGAAAAGCAAUAGAAAAGCCAUUACCAUAAUGGCUGUAUUGGAUGCUGGUCAACAUUUUUGUGCAAUAAGUGUGAUAUUGAUGAAUUUACAUCUGAUUUUGGAUGCAGCUGGGUCGAUUUAUGUUGAUUCCUCUAUAGCUGCUGUUAUAUUUGCUGUGAUAAUGUUGGUUGUGGCAUGUGUGGCCUCUUUGCAAGUAGAUAGGUAUGGAAGAAAAGCUCUGAUCAUUGGAUCUACUAUUCUGACCGGAGUUUUUUUAUUGACUCUAGCUGUUUAUUUUCAUUUGAAACUCAUAGGCUACAAUUUAGAGAAUGUGAGUUGGAUUCCAAUAGUUGUGAUAAUGUUUUAUGCAGCUAGCUUUAAACUUGGAAUAGGUAUUGUUCCAGUAAUCCUGACAGCAGAAUUGUUCUCCACUAAAAUGAAAGCUUUGGGAAUGACUAUUGCAGAUCUCAUGUAUGUUUUUGGAGCCAUUAUCAGCCUUCAACUUUAUCAGUGGUUAUCAAAUUCAUAUGGCAUGCAUAUACCAUUCUAUCUGUUUGGAUCUUCUAGUUUCUUCGUGACAUUUUUCACAAUUUGGUAUAUUCCAGAAACGAAAGGAAAGACCUUGGAAGAAAUUCAGUUCAUUUUGAAAGAAGAAAAUAUUGAAGUUCCACCUUCUUUGAGCCGAAUUGUGCCCAAAAAAUCGUAUAAUACAUUUUCAAAUGAAGUUGUGAUUUUAUGAUAUAGUGAAUUCACUGAAGAAACGAUUGUACAAAUAGCAUAUAUGAAUUCCAUUCACGUUCAGUGUGAGA